ACCCCCCCCAACUCUCGGCGUCGUUUCCAGUCCGAGGCGAAGGCGCGCGUCGACCUGAAGAGGUCUGUGGCGUGAACGCUGACGACGUGGUGAGACGAGGUGCUGAGACGAGGUGGAGUCGGGGUGCGACGAGGAGGAGGGACGAGGCGUAGUCGGGUUUGUCGCCGCUACUUGGUGGUGCAGGUCGGAGGAUGGAGGAUCGCUGGGGAGGCUGCGUGGUCUCUCUGAACUGCGGGCCCGUGUUGGGCGUCUACCAGGGCCGCGUGAGCCGCGUGGACCAGCAAUGCCAGAGCAUCUCGCUUGUGCAGCCGUUCCGCAACGGCGCGCGCUGCACCGUGCCAGAGCUCACCCUCAGUGCGACGGAUAUCAAGGAGCUGAAGAUCUUGGAGCUGCCGCCUGAGCCUGCGAGCUUCCAGCACACGCAGAUGCUGGUUGACAACGGAACAGCACCUGUGGCGAUGACCAAUGGUGCCCAGUCGGCCUCUCACCCUAUUGCCAGGCGAGGGGAGCGGGAGGCCGAGGCCGCCGAUUCCUCAUCGCAGCAGCAACAGCAGCAGCAGCCGCCAUCCUCGCGUGCCCACACAGAUGUGCCGGGCUCGACACCCUCCAAGGGGUUCCGCCGCCGACACAACUCCUGGUCGUCGAGCAACCGGCAGGCGCUGAUGGGCACGACCCCAAAGCGCAACGCCGGCGGCCGCGGCGGCGGUGCCGGCCCCGCCGCCGGCGGACGGCGCUCCGGGCGCGACGAGGACUGCUUCGCCGACGACCUCGACGACCUCCUCGACACGGAGUUCGACUUCGAGAAGAACCUCGCGCUGUUCGACAAGGCCGCCGUCUUCCAGGAAAUCGAGAUGCACCAUGGCGGAGGAGGGCCAGCGAGCGUGCAGUCCAACGGGGCGGCGGCGCGCACUCGCGGCACCCCGCCCGCCGACACGCAGAAGUACAGGCACGACGAGAACGUACUGGCGGCGGCUCCCAGCGAGUUCCACAGGAUCGACGUGCCCCAGCCGGGGCCCAAGCUGUACUGCACAGACACGGGGAUGGUGGUGCCCAGCGUGAGCCCAGCGCUGCACCGGCAGCUCUUGGGAGCGGCGGAGCGAGCGGGGCUCACGGCGGAGCGGCGCCGCGACGUGCUGGGGGUGUGCGCCACGCAGAUGGCGCUGUCCCUGCUCGGGGGCUCCAACCGCAUGGACCCCAAGAACUCGCAUCAGCGGCCCACGGUGGUGGUGCUGUGCGGGCCGCACCGGCGCGGCGCGCAGGGCGCGUGCGUGGCGCGCCACCUCGCCAACCGCGACGUGCACGUCAUCGCGCUCGUGCCGCGCGCGCCGCCGGGGGGCCUCGCCGAAGAGGUGCGGCUGCUGGAGAGGACGACGACGGCCCGGUGCGUCGGCAGCGUCGCCGAGCUGCCCGGCACCGCCGUGGACCUCGUCGUCGAGUGCCUGCUGGGCGACCCCGACGAGAGCCCGGGAACCGGCGGCGGCGUCGGCGCCGCCGGUCCGCUCGGCCACCUCAAGCCGCCGCGGGAAGCGGCCGCCUGGGCCGCGGCGAACCUGGCCCCGCUGCUUGCCGUCGAUCCGCCGCCUCCGGCGCAGAACGCGCCCAGCAAGGCCGGCGGCGUCGCCUUCGCGGCCAAGUGGUCGCUCGUGCUGGGCCUGCCGUCGAGCCUUGGCGAGGGCGCGGGCCGCGUGUACCUGUGCGACGUGGGCAUCCCCGUGCGGGUGUUCGAGGAGGUGGGCAUUGCCUAUCACUCGCCCUUCGGCUGCAAGUUUGUCAUUCCGCUGCACAGCACGUAAAAGCGAUCGGGGUGCGACUGUGCGUAUGUGCGAGUGUGCGGCAUGUGUGUGUGUGUGUGUGAUGGGGAGCAGUCGCACGGCGGUUAGCGCACCGAGCUUUGGACCUUGGCGCCCCAAAUUCCGAUUCCCGCUCACGACCGAUGACAGCGUCAAAUAUUUUAACUGGCCCUGGCACCUCCCUUAGGUCAACUCGGCUUCGAAUGAAUACCUGGCGCAAUGUGUAAACAUUGCCACCGAGGAGACAAAGGUGCGUGGCGCUGGCCACCCACUUCCUCGUGUACCGUGCCGGCCUUCAUACGUACUCGCUCGCAGCACUUUCCCCAACAUUCUGUUGAGGUUGCAUGGGGGAGCUUCGUCGAUGUGUGUGCAAGCCGUUGAGUGUGGUGGUCACGUGUCGCAGGUCUCGUGAGAUACGCCAGGGGUGAGGAAUCUUACCGGAUGCCGAAUUAAGCCGAUUACAUACCUCCGAUUAGCACGGUUGGCUACGUGCGGAAUGUACGUACGUACGUACGUUCAGGGGGCAGCCACACGUUCACGCGCACACACAACACACACACACUCCGCGGUCGCUCCCAUCACUGCAAGAGGCCCUCAGUGACGGGAGCGACGCCACGGCGUUUCCAGGUCGUAGAUAAUACCCCGGCACGGUAGUUGGAAUAACGGUGGAGCUUUCUCACUCAUUUCUCCGCCGCCCCCCCCGGCCAGCUUCUGUUCAUGGGUAUGCCACGGUUAAAUCGAUGGGGAGGUGUCACGUGUGGUGAUGAUGAUGGGGGGGAAAAGUGUGGGUUUACUCCCACCUCUUCUGAGACAUCUGGCCGGCAUGAAAGAGUAGGCCAAAGUCACCCUCGAUGAGAGUUCGCUCGCGUGGGAGGCCCCUUCCACAAGCCACUGCAGGGCUGCACCGUUACCUUUCUUUACCUUGUACGCGAUUACUAAAGCUAAACUAUGUUUGUAUUUUACCAGGUAAGGCCCACUUGAGCUGUACAGCUCUUUUUCUGAGGCGACCUGGCUAUCACAAAUGACAGCUCAAAGAAGUGGCUUGUGUGGCAAUGUAGAGCAGCCAAGUGACUAUGAAACGUGUGAUGUCGGUUCUAAAUGUGGAGGGAAAAACCAGAGGUACCCAGAUAAAAAUCCACGUGACCACGGGGAGAGAGACACGCAAACUGCAAAUAUACAGCAGCGGGCGUCCGGGUCGGGAUCGAACCCACAAACCUCCAGUAUAUCAGUCGAGGUAGUUAACAUCUCCUAGCCACCGCGGCGCUUAGUUCAGCUCGCACUGACGGUUCAGUAUCGUUCCGCGAGCCUUUUCGAAGCGGUGGUCCCCACGCGUUGUGGCGGGCCGAAUCGCGCGCCUCCGAUUUAGCACGGUUGGCUUCGUACGGUGUGAAAGAAGUCCAGCGUACGUCCAGUGACGUAGGCGCCCCAGCACCUGACAUGGGAAAAACUGGGGGGGGGGGGGGAGGGGCGGCAGGGUCAUGGGGGGAAGAGAGAGAUGAAGUCACGGAGCACGGUCCGGGGAUUCGUGGGUAAAGUUUGAUUCUCUUUGUUGAAGUUGCGUUUUUAUCGAGUUCGGUUCAUUGAGCGAAGUUUGCGAGCGCGUGACGAGUAGACGCCGGCACGACGGUGAGAAUGCGUGGUUCGGGUGUACACCGGACGAGAGGCUUGAAUACGCGCGGCGUCUGGUGACCAAAGCAACUCAGGAUUCGCCAAAUAUCUCCACAGGUCUCUGAAGCUAAGCAAGGGGUUGAGCCCCCGGGGUGGUGCUUAGCUGCGCGAGUUCCACGCACGGCAGGUUGUCAUAGGCUGCUGCUGCUGCUGUGGCAACGUGGGUGAGGGCGGCAAGAGGGCAUUGUAACACAAACCCGUUGUUGCGCUGUUCCUGUACUACUAUGCAUCCACAUCUGUACUCCCCACCUGCAACCCGCACGGCAAUGGUACGGUCAAAUGACCCCCCCCUUUGACAUGCACGGGUGUGGUUGGGGGAGGCACUCAUCCAGCAGUGGGUUGACAAAGAGGGGUGGGGCUGUACAUGUACAUACGUUGUUGGUAAUGGGAGUGCUCUGCCUGGGCAUAUUUCCCUGCACACUGUGGGGUACGCGAGUACACACGUGUUGACGCACGUGUUGACGCACGUGUUGACGCACGUGUUGACGCACGUGUUGACGCACGUGUUGACGCACGUGUUGACGCACAUGUUGACGCACAUGUUGACGCACAUGUACGGUUGUUUUAGGCCAUAAUUCGUGAGAAUCCCCCAUGUUAGGUACAGAUUACCUAUAAUCGCUGGGUGGCAUUUAACUCAUGGCGUUAGCUCUUGGGUUCCAGGCGGCUGAAUGUGAUUGAACUGGGUCCUCCAUUGUGGCGAGUUGAUGGUCUCAGUUUAACACGUAGUCGUCGACUUUUGCGACCAAUAUUAUCCAUGAGGUUUUUUUGGGGAUUAGAUCGCGCCACCACCCGACACAGCCAAUUAGUAAGGAUGGUCAC